GCGCGCCCUCGCGCCUCUGCCUGAGAAGCCAGGCGCUGUCUGUCCGCCCCGGAGGAAGAUGGCAAAGGUGGCUAAGGACCUCAACCCGGGAGUUCAGAAGAUGUCCCUGGGCCAGCAGCAAUCAGCAAGAGGUGUGGCUUGCCUGAGAUGCAAGGGGACGUGUUUGGGCUUCGAGCCACAUUCAUGGAGGAAAAUAUGCAAGUCAUGCAAAUGCAGCCAAGAGGACCACUGCCUAAGCUCCGACCUAGAAGACGAUCGGAAAAUUGGCCGCUUGCUGAUGGACUCCAAGUAUUCCACUCUCACUGCCCGGGUGAAAGGUGGGGACGGCAUCCGGAUUUACAAGAGGAACCGGAUGAUUAUGACCAACCCCAUUGCCACUGGGAAAGACCCCACCUUUGACACCAUCACCUACGAGUGGGCUCCUCCUGGAGUCACCCAAAAACUGGGCCUGCAGUACAUGGAGCUCAUCCCCAAGGAGAAGCAGCCAGUGACAGGUACAGAGGGUGCCUAUUACCGCCGACGCCAGCUCAUGAGACAGCUCCCUAUCUAUGACCAGGACCCCUCUCGCUGCCGCGGACUUUUGGAGAACGAGUCGAAACUGAUGGAAGAAUUUGUCAAGCAGUAUAAGAGUGAGGCCCUGGGCGUGGGAGAAGUGGCCCUCCCAGGGCAGGGCGGCUUGCCCAAGGAGGAGGGGAAGCCACAGGAAAAGCCAGAGGGCGCAGAGACUGCCCCAACCACCAACGGCAGCCUCAGCGACCCAUCAAAGGAAGUGGAAUACGUCUGUGAACUCUGCAAGGGAGUGGCCCCUGCCGACAGCCCCGUGGUCUACGCGGACAGGGCAGGCUACAGCAAGCAGUGGCAUCCCACCUGCUUCGUGUGUGUCAAGUGCUCCGAGCCGCUGGUGGACCUCAUCUACUUCUGGAAGGACGGCGCGCCCUGGUGUGGCCGCCAUUACUGCGAGAGCGUGCGGCCCCGCUGCUCCGGCUGCGACGAGAUAAUAUUCUCAGAGGAGUACCAGCGUGUGGAAGACCUGGCCUGGCACCGAAAGCACUUUGUCUGUGAGGGCUGCGAGCAGCUGCUGAGUGGCCGGGCAUACAUCAUCACCAAGGGUCAGCUCCUGUGCCCCACCUGCAGCAAGUCCAAACGCUCCUGAAGGGCUGCCCACUCACAGCCACAAUCCACAGGAUCCCACCAGGAAGGAGAGCCAGGUGUGCUAAGGCCAUCCUGAGGGUCUGACGCGACAGCCAGCAGGCAACAUAAACAGUGAUUUUUUUUUUCCAGUGGGAAUAUAUACAUAUAUAUAUAUUCUAGGUUGGGUGGUGGUAGAUCCUUGAGGGACAGUAGUUGCAAAACCAGAAAUGUUCUAAGAAGUCUUAGGGUGGAGUUAUUCUUGCUUUUGUUGUUGUUUCCCAGCUACAACCAACGAAGGACACAAAUGGCAUCCUUCAAGGGGCUCUAGAAGGAAUUUUCCAGAAUGCAAUUCCGAGUGAUCGAAUCACAUAGCAGUAGAAUGUGCAUGCUUUUGCGUGGACAGGGGAGCUCCUCCAGGAGCAGGCUGGGUCCCAGCUUUCACUUGUGGCCUCUUUUUCAAAUGGAAUUUGAAUUUCAAAUAAACAACUUUUUUGGCAUGAUAAACAUAUCAAUAAAAGUUUUGUGAGUUCCACAUA